AUGGUGGCUCCAUGCACUGCCAGGAGCAGGCGCUUGUCUCCCGUGCAGGUCACAGUGCUGUACUUCGCGAGGAGCGUGGAGCUGGUGGGGCUGCGCUCCAAGACGCUGUGCGUGCUUCUCUCGGAAGACAUCAUGAAGCUGCAUCCAAGGCUUGCUGCUAUCUGGGAUCAAGGGGUGUUUGCUGUUUGGCAGGAGUAUGUGCUGCUUGGAGACCAGCUCUUGGUCCUGCACCCUGAAGAUGAGUUGAUAACUUGUUCUUGUUUAGGUACUACAAGAAAUAAUUUUGAAGGGAAAAAAGUGAUUCGCUUAGAAUAUGAAGCAUAUACUUCAAUGGCAGAGACUGAAAUAAAGAAAAUCUGCAGAGAUGUUAGGCAGAAAUGGCCAUCAGUCCAACACAUUGCAGUGCACCAUAGACUUGGGAAUAACUUUGGAGCAAGUGUAAUUAUUGCAGUCUCCUCUCCACACAGAGCAGAAUCUCUUGAAGCUGUGAGGUACUGCAUCAACACCUUAAAAGCAUCCGUCCCAAUAUGGAAAAAGGAGAUUUAUGAGGAUGAAUAUUCUUGGAAGGAAAACAAGGAAU